UCCGCUCUUUGUGCUCAUGUCUCUGUUCUCAGUGGAGUGUCGCACUCGUAUCUCUGAAUCACAGUCUGAACUCUCUUACAAAUCAGGAACCUUUACUGUGCUCGAUUCGUGUUUGUGAUGCAGAUCUGCGCGUUCAUGGCUUCAGGGUCACACCUUCUCCAGCCAGCUGUGCGCGAAGACGAUGAGCUUCUUCCCCAGCAUCCCGACUGUUAGAGCCGCUCAACCAGCAUUUAUCCUCCGAGCGACAGCGUUAAGCGAGGAGGACAAGAAAAACUGAGCAACGAUGAUCAUUUCAGCACCCUUAAAUGGGGGACUUGACAGCGUGUUUUAAUAAACGCAGGGCUCUCCACUGGGCAUGCUCCAUCUGAGCUGAGAGAAGCGCUGGGAUCGGUGAGAAUAACAGGCAGAUUGGGCGUUUUUUUUUCUUUUUUUGGAGGAGGAGGUUUGUCGCUCUCUCAUCUUUGAUUUUCUUUAUUAGCAGCACAGAGAACAGGAUCUCCCUUCCUUCAGACAGAUAGGGCUGAGUUCUUCUCAACAAUGCAUGAAUGACAGUGGAAUCUGUGAGCAGGGCAGCAUCUCACUACUAAGACAAAGACCUGCUGCUUAGUGGCGGCGCGUAGUUAAAUUCAGGAAGGGAGCGGGAGUGUGAAGGAGGUGAGUCUGUAGGCAGCAACAGAGGGACUGAGCAGCGCCGAGUCUCCAUCAGGAGCUGCCUGACGGGCGCUUUCCACUCAGCACCACCACCGCAGUCUCCUUGCUGUGAAAGUCAUAAACCUUCUCAGGACUGAUCUGAUCAAUUGUCGCAACCUGGUGAGUCUAAAGAGCUGGGUUGGGAAAUUUGUCUCGACAUCUUGGAUAUACCGACGAUGUGACGUCCAUUCCUAAUGUGAUGCCAUUGGCUGCAUUGGUUUUGGAUUUCGAUUCUGUACCUUCCAGCGAGUCUGGCAGCUGUAAGCGUUUCUCAUCCUCUAGUUGAAUGACGGUACUUGCAGAAAAUUCAGGGUUUAGAGGGGAUGUAGCCCCGAUGCGUGUCAGACAGCUCUGAUUUCUUUCACAGCUGGUGAGAAAGGACUGGUUGCUUUUUGCGCGGCUUUCCUUAUGUAAUUGUUUCCGUCACUCUGAUUACUUCUGUGCAUGGUUGCACUGUGCGCCUAGACUUACCUUUGCGAUGAAGGGAACUUAUUGGAGAAAUGCCUAAGGGACGCAAUGGGCCUGAGCGACGACAAGGAUCGCAUUGUGAUAAACGUGGGAGGGAUCAGACAUCAGACAUACCGCAGCACCCUGCGCACUCUACCUGGCACUCGCUUGUCCUGGCUGGCUGAGCCUGAUGCACCCAACCACUUUGACUAUGAUGCCAAGAUCGAGGAAUUUUUCUUUGACCGCCACCCUGGCGUUUUUGCACAUAUCCUUAACUACUACAGGACAGGUAAACUACACUGCCCGGCUGAUGUCUGCGGGCCGCUCUAUGAGGAGGAACUGGCUUUCUGGGGGAUUGAUGAAACAGACGUGGAGCCAUGCUGCUGGAUGACCUAUCGCCAGCACCGGGAGGCAGAGGAGGCCCUUGAUAGUUUCAGCGGGGGGGGCCUGUUAGACCUGGGGAGCGAUGAUCCGGAGCCAGAGCCGGAGCAUGCUGAGGAUGAGGUGGACGAAAUGACAAGAAGGCUGGCUCAGGGAGACUCUCCUGAUGCCAGGAAUGGAAGCCUGUGGAGUCGGUGGCGGAAACGGGUCUGGGCUCUGUUUGAGGACCCUUACUCCUCUAAAUAUGCAAGGUGGGUGGCUCUGGCCUCGCUGUUCUUUAUUCUGGUGUCCAUCACCACCUUCUGUCUGGAGACCCACGAAGCCUUCAACCCCAUCAUCAACCGCACUGAAUGGGAGGUGGUGGGCAAUGUCACAGUGCUGAACACCUACCAGGAGACUGAGACUGCGGCCUAUCUCACCUACAUCGAAGGGGUUUGCGUGGUGUGGUUCACUUUUGAAUUUUUAAUGCGAAUAACUUUCUGCCCAAAUAAAUUUGACUUCAUUCGGAAUGCCCUGAACAUCAUCGACUUUGUGGCCAUCCUUCCCUUCUACCUGGAGGUGGGCCUCAGUGGCCUCUCCUCCAAAGCAGCUAAGGAUGUGCUAGGUUUCCUGAGAGUGGUCCGCUUUGUGCGGAUCCUGCGGAUCUUCAAGCUAACCCGUCACUUUGUUGGGCUGAGGGUGCUGGGCCACACGCUGAGAGCCAGCACCAAUGAGUUCCUGCUCCUCAUCAUCUUCCUUGCUCUUGGUGUCCUCAUCUUUGCCACCAUGAUCUACUAUGCCGAACGGAUUGGAGCUAACCCCAACGACCCAAGAGCCAGCGAUCACACAUACUUCAAGAACAUCCCAAUUGGAUUCUGGUGGGCUGUGGUGACCAUGACAACCCUUGGCUAUGGAGACAUGUACCCUCAGACGACCUCCGGUAUGCUGGUUGGAGCCCUGUGUGCCCUGGCUGGUGUGCUGACCAUCGCCAUGCCCGUCCCUGUGAUUGUCAACAAUUUUGGAAUGUAUUACUCACUGGCGAUGGCAAAACAGAAACUACCAAAGAAAAAAAAUAGGCAUAUCCCUCGGGCACCACAACCAGGUUCUCCUAACUUCUGUAAGACAAGCAUCAGCUCCCAGCAUCAGAGCCCCGUUGCGCAUGACGAUGUUUUCGAGAUAAAGUUUCAAGAUUCUAAACUGAACGGUGAAGCAGCUAACGCAGCUCUGGCCAAUGAAGAUUGCCCUCAUAUAGACCAGGCCAUAUCCCCGGAGGAAAUCUUCAGCCCCAGCGAGAGAGAGCGGCCCUGCUUCCUGGUCACCACUACUACUGAACGCCCCAACCACACAGGGGGCAGAGUAAGGAGGGGUUAUGAAAAGCCUUGGAGCCUUAACAGCAUGUCUGGCAUGAGCGGGGAUGCCUCUGGAGUGUCCUCAGUGUCCGCCCUGCCCUGCAGCCCACCCUGUCUAAUGCAGCACUCACAUUCUCCCAUCCCAUCCAUUAUGUAGCAUGGUUGAGUAGCAGAUACAAUGCCAUUGGAAGGCCAGUCCACACUUCUUAUAUUUCCUGUCAGAUUUUGCUUUCACACUUGCCUUCACACCUGCUUUGUUUCAUUUUUGUUUUUAUUUUUCUGGAAAAUUGUAUCUUAACUGUGCUUAUACUCAAGCUUCCCAAGUGUUCUCCUUGGGUGUGUCAUCAUAUCCUAGACUAGAAACAUUGGCACAUGCCACUCUGCAUGGGUCACCUCAGUUCCAGACAAAGCACUGUUCUACUUCUUACCACAGGCUAACCACACUCUUUUCCUUGUGUUUACAUCAUUGCCUGUUGCUCUGUUGCUUUUGAUCUCUCAUUCUCUUCUGCCAAUAACUUAUCUCAUUUGCUUUUUACUAUUUUGUGAAAGAAUUUUUCAUAAGAUGUAACCCCUGCCAAUAAUAUGCUGGACAGUAAUAAUACAAGGCUUUUAAAACAUAUCCAAAAGCUGUUAAGGGAACUUCUCUUAAGUGCUUUGUACGUUGCAAAGUAGAGACGUUACUCUGAAAGUGCAGUCCAGACAAUGUUACCCGAGUGGCCAUUAGGGAAAGGGAAAAAAAAAUUGAACAUGAUGUUCAUGAUGUCCAAUGCAAUAUGGAGAUGAUGACAAUUCCUAUGAUACAGUGAUGAAUACAUCUAAUGUCAACAGAACUAAAACUGUCUGUUCAUUUGCAUGAACUGCAUGAGAAAUUAUGUUCAACAAGAAGCUAACUGUAUCGCGAUUACAUGUAAGAAAAAAAAGAAGACAUUUUUCUUUCAGAAGCUUCUUAAGCUUUGUCAUUUUUAUGCAUUUUGAAACAGCUUUACAAGAGACUCAGUCAUAGCAGAGAUUUUUAUGUAGCCACCAUUCUUUGCCUUUCCCCAAAUUCAUAUAUUUAUUUUCUUGUAUUUAUUUGACUGGGGCCUCCAACAACGAAAAAAAAAAAAAAAAGUAGUGCGAUUUAACUUGAACAGUCUGUCAUAAAGCCAACCAAUGCUGUUAUGAGCAUAAAUAGUUUUUAUACAAAUAUGAUUGCUGGUAGUUAUGAGUUUUUAAACAGUAUCAAGAGACUGCAGCAACUUCUAUUACUGCUGUGCUGCUAAAAUUAAGGCAGGACUCAUGAAUUAUGAAACAACGGUGCCUUCAUAUGUGGUGAGGCAAAGUAAAAGCGAGUAAUAAAUUGACAUGAUAUUACAUAAGUGCUGCCAGUGUAGCAUCCUUACACUUUAUUCCAUGCUCAUAACAGUGUAACAAAAGCUUUAUUUAUAAGGUGAACCUUGUACCUUUUGCACCACCCUCAUUCCCUUAAUCACAAUUUAAAAAAAAAAAAAAGCCCUCUUGGUUAUUGUUCUUACACCACUGAACACAUACUAGGAUUGCACCCUUAAGGGGACAUAUAGCACCAAGCAUAAAAUGAAAGAAAACACGUAAUAGUCCCCAUGUCUUUUGUAUAAUAAAGCACAAAAUAUUAUUAAAGGGGAGCAGGCAAUUCUACAGAGCCAAAAUAUAUCAAGUUCUGAUCAGUCAGAGAUGUCACAGUGACUCCUGCAGUAUGUAUGUCUAUUGAAACAUCAAUACUGUUACUGUUACAUGUAUUGAUACUCUCCCAAUAAUUAUGCACAAGUUUUUCAGGCACUUUAACAAAUUAUUUUUUUUUUUUGACCAAUCAGAAAUGUUGAUUUCUAGAAGAAGAUAUAGUAAUUAUAGCAACUAAUCUAAGUUUUGUUUUUAUUCUGAAUGAGCAGAGUUUUACAUUUCCAGUCAUGUCUCUUGUGGUAAUUAAUGGAUGUUAUAUAUUUAAAAAAAAAAAUUGUUAAGAUUUGAUGUGAAGAGAUGCAGGUGAAUUAUAUGCUCAUGCAAUUCAAGUGGGGGUGGGUGGGAACAAAAAAAAAAAGUACAGUACGACAUAGUAUGGGCUGUGGGUUUACUUGGAGAAAGGUAAAUGCAUGUAUUUUACAUUU